GGGGAGAGUCGGUAGAGUCUUUCCCCGCCAGCGUCCUCGUUCUCUGGCUCUUAGAGGCAGUAUGGUCGUUUGCCGUCGCUGAGCCCGCGGCUCCGAACGGAGGGACCUGCUCCGUGCCUCCAGGAUCCCUCUACCUCAUUCGUUGGUGUGGCCUUGAUGCUGCGGCAGGCUCUGGACUCCUAAAGCGCUGGAGCGAAUUUAAGAAGCUUUUGUUCAUGUGUGUGGCAUAGAAGAUGAAUUCCUCCUCCUCCACCAUGAAUGAAGAACCUGAUGCACUCUCGGUGGUGAACCAGCUGCGGGAUCUGGCAGCAGAUCCAUUAAAUCGAAGAGCCAUCGUCCAGGAUCAGGGAUGUCUGCCCGGCCUUAUUUUAUUUAUGGACCAUCCCAACCCCCCUGUUGUCCACUCAGCUUUGCUGGCUCUUCGAUACUUGGCAGAAUGCCGUGCUAACAGAGAAAAGAUGAAAGGAGAACUGGGUAUGAUGUUAAGCUUGCAAAAUGUCAUACAGAAGACUACAACUCCAGGAGAAACAAAACUGCUGGCCUCUGAAAUCUAUGACAUUCUUCAGUCUUCUAACAUGGCAGAUGGUGAUAGUUUCAAUGAAAUGAAUUCACGUCGAAGGAAAGCUCAGUUUUUUCUGGGAACCACAAACAAACGUGCCAAAACAGUGGUUUUGCAUAUAGAUGGUCUUGAUGACACGUCUCGGCGAAAUCUUUGUGAAGAGGCUUUGUUAAAAAUUAAAGGCGUCAUUAGUUUUACUUUUCAAAUGGCCGUUCAAAGAUGUGUGGUGCGAAUCCGUUCAGAUCUGAAGGCAGAGGCCUUGGCAUCGGCAAUAGCAUCAACCAAGGUUAUGAAGGCUCAGCAAGUCGUGAAAAGUGAAAGUGGAGAGGAGAUGCUGGUCCCAUUCCAAGACACACCUGUGGAGGUAGAACAGAACACAGAGUUGCCCGACUACCUGCCUGAGGAUGAGAGUCCCACGAAGGAGCAGGACAAAGCAGUGUCCCGGGUGGGCUCACACCCGGAGGGUGGAGCUAGCUGGCUGAGCACAGCUGCAAACUUUCUAUCCAGAUCAUUUUACUGGUGACUUCAGUUUGGGGCUCAAGGACUGUGUGAACAAACAAGGGGCCAGUUUUCCAUUGUUGUGGUGAACUGUCAAGUGCAAUUUGCAAUAAGUUAUCAUGAAAAGUUUCUAGACGACAUGAUUGAGUAUGCUGCAUUUCGCAUUUUACUGGACAUUCUACCCACUGAGUGGUAAAAAGGACAGAGGCUGCAGGUGGAGUUGCUUUGUUUAUGAAGAUAUUUUGGCUUUGUUUUCCUUUGUUUAAUUGCCUCACUUUUUAAAAAACAUGGGUCCACUGUUAAACCAAACAUACACAUGUACAGCUUUACCUUUUAUGUGACAUGAAGCACGUGAUUAGGGAAACUUGCUUUCUGAAGCCUUAGGACCUGUCUGAAGAGAAGUGGCUUUUUUUAGCUCAAGUUAUGCAUGAAUUACUGAACAUUGUUCUCUGCCUUUUUUCAUGAAAGAGACUUGCUUUGGUACUCGUCACUGAAAGUUGAAAGCAUGUCUCAUCAUUCCCCUUUUGUGCCUUUUUUAUUUUGCCAACCAUGUUUAUAGAAGAGACGUUACAAAUGAUAUUCUGUGAAUUAAAGCAUAUUCAUUUGAACAUAAUAGUCCCCUAAAAAUACAACGCUACAAAAACUUGGCAGUCUUACUUGUUACAAUUUUAAUAAGAUUAACACAGAAAUCAGUUGAGAAGGAAACACGUACAUCAGCAGGGCUACUGGAGACUAUUUGGAUGUGACCAAAUGUGGUUCUAGUUGACCGCUCUUCAGUUGGGUUUACGUCAGUGCUUGAGAGUUAUGUCCACCCAAAUUCUGGGAGUGACUGUAUAUGGCCUUUAGGCCUUACUUUGGUUACACACUAUCCCCUGCUAGAAAAAAAAAAUAGUAGUAAAGAACUAACAGACUUGAAAAAGGAAAACAAAAAUGGAAUGCCUCUAAUGCCACAGUGGUGUUUGGUAGAGUCUAACCUUAAAACGUGAAUUGCUUGGCAGAUGCCUAUUCCUUGUAUUGCCUUUUGUGAAUCUAUUACGAACAUGUAGUCAUAUCAAACGAAAAGAAAAAAGACUCAAAUUAUUGCUUAUAAAGAAAUAAAGCCAGCAUUCGUCCACUUAAUCUUGUUUCUCAUGUUAACAGCCAGAAAAAAAAAAGACGACUUCGGUGAAAGUAAGAUAAAUAUAAAUAUAUAUACAUAUAUAUAUAUUUUUGGUAGAUAAGAGCUAAUUACAUAUAUGUAAUGCUUUAUUAAAUUUCUGAAAUAUUUGGCAAUUAAAAGUUUUCUUUUGGAACUCCCGACUAAAUCCAGAUAAAUCUUAAUGCUGAUACGAUGAAAAACUCAUAGGAAGAAAUUGAAGACUUUUUUUUCAUCAACGUGUAGAGCUGCUAUUUUACUACUUGGACAAUGUGAAGUGAGACUGGGACCCUGGAGGGUCUCCUUGCAUUUCUAUCGCUUCUCUUUUAAAGAAAACUAAAAGAUCUAGUGUCUCUGGAGAAAAACGAUUGUAAAAUACUCCACCAACAAGAGUCUUGAGUUCAAGAACAUUGUGACCUUAUGGAGGGAGGGGCGUUGAGGGUAUUGAGAGCGAUACUUUUUCAUGUGUCUAGGCUCUGAUUUCAGGUGACACGCACAACUGAAAAUAUAAGCUUUCAGGGCAUGUAUUGCUUUAAAUGCAUAAUACAGCUUGCUGCCAGACCAGAUGUGUUGGAAAAAAAAAAAAAACAAAACCACCUCCUUUCUAUAGCCAUGGAAACAAAGUUUA